CUGUGAUCUAUCCGUGACCAAGGCCGCGCCCGCCCAUCGUACAGCUGCCCAUCGAACACCAUCUAUUCAGCAGUGGUGGGCGAGACCAUGGCCGAGCUCGUCGCUGCAGUGCCUUCCUUACUGGCGGCGGACCAAGCCGACCAGCACUAUGCUGAUGCUGUUCGGACCGCGGUCGCGGCGUGCGCGGAGGACACGGCGGGCCAGACGUGCUACAUCUGUUACGGCGAGGGCGAUGAGGACGAGGGCCUCGUGCGCGGAUGCUCGUGCCGAGGCGAAAACGGUUUUGCGCACGUGUCGUGCUUGGCGCGGCAGGCGCAGGUCGCGGUCGAGCGCAGAAGCGGGCCACGAUUUUUGCGGUGGUAUAUAUGCGGUCUGUGCGAGCAACGGUACCACGGCGUCGCGCGGUGCGCGCUCGGAUGGGCGUGCUGGAAGACCUACGUAGGACGGCCCGAAGCGGAUGAAACUCGGAAAAUGGCGAUGACGCAGCUUGGGAACGGCUUAUCCUCUGCAGGCAACAACGAGGACGCAUUGUCAGUGAAAGAGGCCCAGUUGGCUAUGAUGCGGCGCCUUGGCGCGCCAGAAGACCAAAUGCUCAUGGUGCAGAGCAAUCUUGCGAACUCGUAUCAAGUGCUCGGACGGCUUGAAGAGGCCCUACAAUUGGAGCGGGACGUAUACUCUGGAUAUUUGAGGCUCAAAGGCGAGAGAGAUGAAGAGACUCUCAUAGCAGCCAACAACCACGCAAACCUUCUUAUUCUGAAGCACUUCGAAGAGGCCAAGGCGCUGAUCCGCAAUACGAUCCCCGUGGCGCGACGUGUCCUCGGAGAAGGACAUAGACUGACGCUCAAAAUGAAGAAGAUCUACGCGGAGGUGUCCUACAAGAACCCCGACGCCACGCUCGACGAUCUCCGCGAGGCCGUGAUGACGCUCGAGGACGCGGAACCGAGGGCUCAGCGCGUGUUCGGGAGCGCGCACCCGCUUGUAGAGGGAAUUGGGAUUUCCCUGCGAACCGCGCGCGAAACGCUCGCCGCCCGCGAAACGUCGUAAGGACACUACUAGC